GGCGGACAGAGGCGUGGAGUUGAGGAUGCGGAAUUAACGCAUUCGCUGCGCCCGAACCGGACUGAAUAUGGCGAGCACCGAGAGCAAAAGAGGGUCUUCGGAAAACUUUCACACAACCGAGCCAAGUGGAUCGGACCAGCCGGGCGCGAGAAGGGGUCCACAGCAUGCAGGUGCUAGAGAGCUCGCGGAGUUAUACUCGCCAGGAAAAAGAUGUCAGGAAUGGAUCAGUUUGCUUCUUUGCUUUACCCUCAUGGCCUUCAACUUCUGUUACCUGGUAACAUACUUCCACCUAGGACACACCUGGUACAUCCUCCUGGGCAUCGUGGCAGGGAUCCUGACAGCAGACUUUGCCUCUGGUUUGGUCCACUGGGGUGCUGACACAUGGGGUUCAGUGGAUCUGCCCAUCGUUGGGAAGGCCUUCAUUCGUCCGUUUCGAGAGCACCACAUCGAUCCAACAGCUAUAACGCGCCAUGAUUUCAUUGAGACGAAUGGUGAUAACUGUAUGUUGACUAUCAUCCCUCUGGCUAACAUGGGUGCAAACUUUUUGAUGCUCUCACCAGUGGAGAUCUAUCGGAACUACCCCUGGUACUGUUACGUCUUUGCUUUAGCCAUUUUUGUUACAUUGACCAAUCAGAUUCACAAGUGGUCGCACACAUAUUUUGGGCUCCCACGCUGGGUGACGUUUCUUCAGGAUUGUCACAUCAUUUUACCACGGAAACACCACAGAGUUCACCAUGUUUCACCUCAUGAAACCUACUUCUGCAUUACCACAGGCUGGUUGAACUAUCCUCUAGAAAAACUGGGAUUCUGGAGAAACCUGGAAGAUCUGAUCCAGAGCCUGACAGGAGAGAAACCCAGAUCAGAUGACCUCAGAUGGGCCCAGAAAACCAAGUAAUCUUCCUCUGCCACCAACCUGCCUCCCCUACCUCAGACCUGCCUCAGAACAAGAGGAACGGCAAGAUAUCAAUGCCCAAAUUAGAAAGCCAUCAAUUCUUAGCAAAAGUUAAGUGAAAGGGGGUUGACAGAGCGAUUGAAAGCAAUAUCCCACCCCGCUCACUCUAAAGAUCCAAACAUCUAAGUCCUUGUUGAAAACCUGAGACUUUUGUGAAAUGUUUAAAACUCUUCAAAGUGCAAAAAACAAGCUAAUUUAAAAAGCCAAUACUUGAACAAAGUGGGCUCUUUUCUGGACACCUUCUCAUCCUUUAACUGCUCAAAGCUUUGCUGACUAGCUUGUUUCUGAGGGACUGGCCUCUGCUCUUGGGUUUGGCCUUUGGGACUGAUAUCUCUUGCUCUCACCCUUCUCUUGUUUGGGGUUAAAGUGCAGUAAAGUCAAGGCAUUUUGGCUCUUUGACCACAGAGGGCUGAAAACACAGAGCAGCAUCAUAUGCAGUCUUACUUCAGUACGCCUUAAAAGACGAAUCACAAGAAACUUGCUUUGCUUGGCCUCAUCCUUACACUUCAUUCAUCUUUUCAUGAUUAAUACUUUCUUUUGAAGCACAUUUGCAAAUUCAGAGGUGCUGGAAGCAGUCAGCUGUUGACCAAGUAUAUUAGAAGUAUUCCACAUAGGUCAAUAUUUAGGCCAUGAGAUCUACAUUGGUGUCCUCGAUGCUCGACACUGAGAUAACCCAACAGAAACUCAGAAAAGGCCUCAUCCAUUUUUAUUUAGUAUUAACUUCAUCGUAGGGUAGGUUGAUGCGAGCUUGACCAGCUGACUGACACAAACUAACACUUUCACUCCAUUGCUCGAGUUUUGGAUUUGCAUACAUUGUUACUUAACAGUUUAAUGUUGAAUUUAACGCUAGCAUGUUAAAUCACACAGCUCGUAGUUCUUAUUUAAUAAUAAUAUGAGAUGCUAAAGGCAGUUACAGCAUGAUGAAAAUGACAGAAUCAUCAGAACAUCUAGCUGUCUAGUGACUUACAACUACUACUAACUGCUUAUUUAAUGAGCGUUAUACACAUUUUCUUUUAUAAAGCUGCAAUGACAAUGGAUUAGAAAAAAAAGAUUUAUUUACUUGACUUUAUAUUUAAACAGCACUAGUCAUAUUUUU